AUAAAAAAUUAUAAUGUCAUUAGGUAGCGGUACGCUUCCAAGAGUGAGGUCUGCAGCAGCGGUAGGUGAAGGCGGCGAGUUGUCCGCUCUAGCCGGAUUGGCCGCCUGCGAGCCCGCUCAAAGCCGAACCAGUAUAGAUUCAGGCCGUGGCGAGGCAGAGGCACGUUCCAGUGCUUUCGACGAGUUGUUAUGUAGACGCGGGAACAUUGUCCGCGCCGCGCCCGCCCGUCCGCACGCGCCCGCCAUAUCAGCCGCCGCUGGCAUACUCAUCACCGGAAUGCCCUCAACUCCCGAUUUAACUGAACCAACAAGACCACGAAGCAAUUCGUUAGGGAAUGAAGAGGAAAGUAGUGCUCCUCUAACAAUUGCAGAAAAAAGACAGACUAUACACGUAAGCCCGGACAGUCCUUCAGAUUUAAGAAUACUAACACGGUCCGAAAGUUUCGCUGGCGAUGCCCAAAUCGUCCAAAACUUACAGAGGCUAUCCUUUUCUGGGGGUGAGUCUUGUCUAUGAAAUGGUUUAUGGUAUUCUUUAAGAAAUGAAGAAUUAUCUAACGAAGUCUGUAACCUUUUAGUGGCAAAUUCUAAAUCACGGUGUACCAGAGCGCUCAGCUUCCCUGAAGAACCCGAUAAAGAAGCAGCUGCAACGGAGCCAUCAGUUACGUCGAAAUCAUCGCCUUUGAAGUAAUUAAAUUUAAUCAUAUUCUAAACAAACUAAAGACACUUGUCGCAACGAGCUAUUUCAGAAGCAGAUUAUUAUCUAAAGGUUAAACACUCAAUAUAUGUUCCUGAACACCACUCAUCAUCAUUAUUAUAUAAGACUAACUGUUAUCCAAGUGUGGCUUCAUCCGAAUAAAUUAUAGUUUAUAUCAUCCGUUACGAUGUUG